CUGAAGUCUAUAAAUUCACUGAUUCUGAAAAACUACGGAGAAUAUCUCUGCAAGUUGGUCACUUGCACAAGCACAUCAACUCUCAAAAUGAGAAGUUCAAAAUGCCACUUCCUAAUUGUUUUGAUUCAAUUUGUGUCCAUCAUUAGCUUUUACCACUAUAUGAUGCCAAUAAAAGGUGAAGAUAAUAAAACUAGUGUUGCAAAGGUGGAUGUGGGCAUAAUACUUGAUCUGGAAACAGAUAUGGGAAAAGUAAUGCACAUAUCUAUCUUACUAGCACUUGAUGAUUACCAUGCCACCGCUAGUGGCAGUGCCAUUAGGAUAGUCCCUCACUUGAGGGAUUCCAAAAAAGAUGAUGUUGAAGCAGCAUCCGCUGCCAUAUACCUGCUAAAGGAUGUCCAAAUACAAGCUAUCUUUGGGCCACAAAUGUCGACACAAACUGAUUUUGUGAUUGACUUAGGGAACAGAGUAAAAGUCCCUAUCAUUUCUCCAGCAACAAAUCCUUUACUUACAGUAAAAGAAAAUCCCUUUUUCAUCAGAGGAGCACUUUCUUCUUCCAGCCAGACUAAGGCCAUUGCAGCAAUUGUAAAGAACUUUGAUUGGAAAGAGGUUGUAGUCAUCUAUGAGGAUAGCCCCUUUGGAACUGGAAUAGUUCCACAUUUGACUGAUGCCUUGCUGGAAAUCAGCACUUCAGUCUCCUAUAGAAGUGUUAUUUCUCCGUCAGCCAAUGAUGAUCAAAUCCUCAGUGAGCUAUACAAGUUAAAAACAAUGCAGACCAGGGUAUUCAUUGUGCACUUGAGACCUAAACUUGCCAAACGUCUUUUCCUCAAGGCAAACAAAGCCGGGAUGAUGAGCGAUGGAUAUGCAUGGAUCAUCACAGAUGUGCUAACGAGUCUUCUUGACUCCGUAGAUACUUCAGUGAUUGAGUCAUCAAUGCAAGGUGUUCUUGGUGUAAAGCCAUAUGUUCCACGAACAAAUGAGCUUAUCAAUUACACCAAGAGGUGGAGAAGGAGAUUCCGUCAAGAGUAUCCAGACAUGGACAUAGUAGGACUCAAUGUUUUUGGGCUAUGGGCAUAUGAUGGCAUCACAACAUUAGCAAAAGCAGUAGAGAAAGUGGGUGGCAGUGCCAUCCCAAAAUUUAAAAAAGCAGAUAAUAGAGAGUACUUAACGGACUUAGAUGCACUUGGAACCUCAGAAUUGGGAUCUUUGCUCCUCAACUCUAUGCAAAACACAGCGCUAAAAACAGGUCUAAGUGGUGAUUUCCGCAUUGUUGAUGGAGAAUUGCAGCCUUCACCAUACGAGAUUGUGAAUAUAAUUGGGAAAGCAGAGAGAAACACUGGAUUCUGGACAGAGAAGGAUGGAAUUUCGUGUAAACUGAAAACAAAUGGUAAAACAGCAGCCAAGUGUAAUAAUAAGGAACUAGGAAACAUUUUUUGGCCAGGUGAAUCUACUAUUGCUCCAAAAGGCUGGGAAAUACCCACAAGUGGAAAGAAGUUGAGGGUUGGAGUUCCAGAUAAAGAAGGGCUGGAGCAAUUCCUUAAAGUGGAAAUAGAUUCAAAAACACAAGAAGUAACUGUAACUGGUUUCUGUGCAGAUGUCUUCAAAGAAGUCAUCGAAUCCUUGCCCUAUGCUCUCCCGUACGAAUUUAUCCCAUUUCAAAUACUGGAUAGCCCCACUUCUCCAGACUUUGAUGUUCUUGCUUAUAAGCUCUUUUCUGAGAAAUUUGAUGCAAUGAUAGGUGACAUAACCAUUUCAGCAAACCGAUCGAAGUAUGUGGAUUUCACAUUACCUUUUACAGAGUCCGGUUUUUCUGCAGUUGUACCAGUAAAGGAUGAUGACAGGAAGAAUGCUUGGAUUUUCGUGAAACCACUAAAGAGCGAGCUUUGGGUAACAACAGGAGCAUUCUUCGUUUUCAUUGGCUUUGUGGUGUGGGUGCUCGAACAUCGUGUAAACAAAGAGUUUCGAGGACCUAAACGACACCAAGUUGGGAUGAUAUUCUGGUUUUCCUUCUCAACUCUCGUUUUUGCUCAUAAAGAGAGAGUAACAAGUAACUUUACAAGAUUUGUGCUGAUUGUGUGGGUUUUCGUGGUUCUGGUGCUGACCUCGAGUUAUACAGCCAGUUUAACGUCUAUGCUGACAGCGCAAAAGAUUCAACCUACAAUAACAGACCUCAAUGAUCUCAUCAAGCGAGGAGAAUAUGUUGGGUACCAAAAAGGUUCCUUUGUGAGAGGCGUCUUGAAGAGCAUGAAAUUUGACAGCACCAAGUUCAGAAGUUAUAGCACAUUGGAAGAGUAUAACGAUGCCCUCUCAAAAGGAAGUAAAAACGGAGGUGUAGGUGCAAUUGUUGAUGAACUACCUUAUCUCAGACUCUUCCUCAACAAAUACUGCAGAAAGUAUAUUAUGGUUGGUCCGACUUACAAGACUGCUGGCUUUGGAUUCGCAUUUCCAAAAGGGUCACCUUUGGUACCUGAUGUAUCAAGAGCAGUCUUGAAGGUAAUGGAGGGAGAGUUUAUGAAUAACAUAAUACAGAAAUGGUUUGGGAAUGAAACAGAUUGUCCACGGAUAGAUGGAAUGUCUAUAACAUCUGAUAGUCUCACGCUGGAUAGUUUUAAGGGCCUUUUCGUUACAGCUGGUGUAUCGGCAGGUUCCGCUCUUCUCUUAUUCUUCCUCAACUUCCUUUAUCAGAACAGAGAAAUCCUAGCCACUGAUGAUUCAGUGUGGAAAAAGCUUUCUGCAAUAGCAAAAGCUUUUGAUGAAGAGAAAGACAACUCUAAUUCUAUGUCAGAAAAUCCAUCUGAAGGGAAUGGAAGCCAAACAACUACACUGUUAGCAGAAAGUGAAGCUUCCGCGGAAGUACCUGACCUUCCUUUGCAAAGCAUAGAUAUCAGAAUUUCCGACAGGCUAGGAGCAUCCUCCCCUAUUGCUGAAGGGUUCUCUACAACAGAACAUGGAACUCCAGUUCAUGAAAUCGUUACCGCAACAAUUGAAGAGAGAUUGCAUAGAGUCAUACAAGAGAUGAGCUAAUAGGGUGGGUUAGACCAGAUGACAUUUUUAUAACUUUGUCCCUCUUUGCCAGAAUUUAGAUAUGAUGGGUUCAAAGCUUAUACUCGUUAGAUUGAAUUCAUUGCAUCUCUGUAAUUAUGAGUUAAUUUAAUAUUCAUUUGAAAUUCUUCUAAUUUUCUACUAGUUCCGUGCGGUGUUGAGAUUACUGUAUUUGUUUUUCUUUUUUUGAUUUCUGAUAUUCUUUACUUGAGCCAAAGAUCUAUGCGACCAUGUAGGAUUAAGGGUGCGUAUACGUCGUCCUUCUCUUCUCUGCUGUCGGAAACUCACCGCUUAAUCGUUAACCAGUUAAUGUAUAUGUUCAUUUCAACAUUUAUCUAAUAUCAAUGCAGUGUUUAGCGUUUAAUCAUUCCCCGCAUAACUUCUGGGAGACGGGAUGGUUAAACGUAAACAUUAUUACUUUCGUUAAAUCACUUAAUCAAGAUAAUUGAAUUAAUUUGGUGUAUAAUCCGAUGAAAGUAAGUAAUUACCUCUCUG